AAGGAGGGGUGAAAGAGAAGUGUGACCGGCGUUCAACGCAUAUAGGUAGUCGUGAGAGGAGUCAGUCGGUGACGGGUUGUGUCUCUAGUGCCGUAGUGAAAAGUUGAGUCGAAUCGCUUGUGUUCAAAAAUGAGCUGGCAGGAUUACGUUGACAAGCAGCUGCUCGCGUCUAGGUGUGUUACCAAAGCAGCGAUUGCGGGACACGAUGGCAACCUUUGGGCGAAGUCUGAGGGUUUCGAAGUGAGUAAAGAGGAGCUGGCGAAAUUGGUCCAGGGAUUCGACGAGCAGGACAUUCUGACGUCGUCGGGGGUCACCUUGGCCGGCAACAGGUACAUUUAUCUGUCGGGCACGGAUCGGGUGAUAAGGGCAAAACUCGGCAAGGUCGGCGUCCAUUGCAUGAAGACGACGCAAGCCGUGGUCGUCUCCCUCUACGAAGACCCCAUACAGCCACAGCAAGCCGCGUCGGUCGUUGAAAAACUCGGCGACUACCUCUUGGCCUGCGGCUAUUAGUCGUUUCAAGCGCAACUGUUAACACGUUCGUUACCAACCUCAGAUAUUCGUGUGACGGCCACAAUCCUAUACAGUGGACUCUAACCUAUAACGAACAGUCCUUUUCGUGAAAUUGACACUGCUA